AUGUCGUCUGAGAUUGGACUUGGGUGUCAUUUCAAAAAACGUUUCCCAGUCGACAUCCAGAUUAAGUCCUUUUACCAACUGGAACGUUGCUAUGAGGUCACCUCUGUCCUGCCUGUAGUGGAGGAGAUAGAGGUUCAAGGCCGUCAGGCGCUGCUCGUACGUGAAGCUUUUGAGGCCAUGAACAGCCUUUGUAGCACGCCGUUGUACACCUUCAAGGAUAUCUAUACCCUUCCGAAGCCACGAGCGCCAAGCCUGUACCGCAUAUUCCAGGUGCGGCCGCACAAAUGUCCCGUAUACUUCGCCAAAGACAUUUUUAUUCAAGUGAAUAAACGUUCUGCGUAUCGCGCUCAUAACGGACAUUGCCCGCGCAGCGACUUUAGAACACUGCGUGGUGACGUUUAGAUCGUCUUCAAUGAAUACACCGAGAUCUUCUUGUAAAUCUACGGUUUUAAGUGGUUGAUUGUCCAGGAGAUACUGUCGUGGGGGUGCAUUUGUUCUUCGCCUCGCUGAUGCUACGUGCAUUACUGUGCAUUUUUUGACGUUGAAUUUCAUGCACCAUUUCUCGCUCCAUGCGUGCAAAUUCGUUACGUCCUCUUGUGGCAUCCUGACGUCAUCUUCGGUAAGCUCUUAUUUCGUAGCCGUACCUUUAAGGGUUUAGGGUUAUGGCUUAGGAGUAAGGGGUCGGGAUUCGGGGCUAGGGAUUAAGGUUAGACUCCCUAUUAACACUUGUCCCGUAGGACAGGCGACUAGUGCUUGUCUACUGCAGGUACGGCUGCGAAAUAAGAUCCGACCAAUAAGUCUCUAACCCCUCGCGAAAUUAACUGGCUCGCCAAGCGGAUAAUACACACACCCAGAACUAUAACUGCUUCAUUCUUACCGCUUUCAUUCAACGGGAUUCGCCUCGCUGCAUCGCUUUCUAUAGUGACGUGCAGGACAGUGUUCCGAAGGUCAUCGAUUGUAUGUUUACCUUGAAAUUUAAGUUGGGUAUUUAUUCCUUUACGUCCAAAAUCUGUUACAACUAUUGGUUAAAACAGUUGCUAAGGCGCGAGGGGCAUAUUUGGUAGCGCACUUUAAGCAGUACCUUGCUAUGGAGAAUAAUAACCCGCUAUUAGAAAAAACCAUCAGAUUUGCCAGUACUUGAAAGAUGGAAGGGUUGCAUUUAUCUGAACAGGAAGACGUUGUAGCGGACCCCGACCUGCCAUUACACUUCUUUGAUUCACAAAAGCAAGCUAAAUUCUCAAGUAGCUAGAAGGAGGAUAGUGGAACAAGGUAUUUACUGGCUAGGGACGACGCAUGAAACUGGUGCGGUUCCCAGAUCAUAAAUUAAGAAAUUGGGGCGAAAAGGUAAUUUGCUUUACGGAGACGCAACCAGACCGUGAAGAAGCACAAUUAGCAGUACGGAUUAGUGACGUGGUCAACAGCGGCAAAGUUCAGUUGAGGACGUCAGUGAGAAAUGUGAUGUCCUCUCCGUCAUUAGGGUCAAACACAGGUGCUUUCCACAGUCAUCUUCGUUGGAGUGGCGGCAACUGCUAUCCAAGUCUGGAACUCCAUCAUGAUGGCAGGACUUGACGUAGUUCAUCCUUGUUUCGUUCACCUCCUUCGUAUGAAAUAAGCGCAGCACGUCAUAGACUAUUUAGUCCCCUAUGAACUAUUCGCACCCCCUUAUGGUCGUCGAGAUUUGCCUGAGGGCAAACAUCCACCAGCAUUAAACCCCCAUUUUGCCUUGUUUUCUGACUGGUAGCAACGGGCUUACAGGUUAAUAACCACAGAAACUCAUAGACCGGGAAGCAAUACGGAAAUACCAAUUGCCCGCCUUUCCACAGACCGCGCAUGAGAAUUUCCAUUAAAUUAAGUAUCCUGUGAUUUCGUUCCUCAAUUCCUCAAUUUAUGCUGCAUUACCUGGUGAGAUGUCCUAACAUCAAAGAUGGACGAAUGUCUUCCGUUCAAACCGCAUUCGCUAAGCCUAGUUUUGGUUUUCUAACUCAAGACCCAUUAUCGCCGUCAGAGGUACGAUUGAAAAGAAAGCUAUUUCAACCACGUUAUUCCAAAAGUAGCAUGUCCUGUCUUAAUACUGGGAAAUUGAAAGCAGAAAAUGAGACGCUUUAGAUUUCUCCGCUACUUAUUAUUAUUGCUAUUGUUAUUCUUCAAAUACGACUACUACUGCUGCCUCCUCCUCCUUCAACUCGCUUCAAAAUCACAGACAGAGGGAUGAUGAUGACGAACAAAAUUCUGAGGAAUAAGAGCUUAUGGUGUAGCGAGUAAGCAAUUCGUUCGCUCCCCGGAAAUUAGAUGUAGUUGCAUCCACGCUAUACUACGCAAUUUCAGUACUUUCCACAUGGUAGGCAUGUUCGCCGGACCGUGUUUGAAUUUUACAUGGUGUUCGAAUUGACUAGUGAUCCUUGUUAAACUGUAUGCAGAGGUGGCUGACGAACCUUCCUUAGCCGUAAGUACAUGUGUUCACAAAGGUCAGGUUAUUAUUAUUAUUAUUAUUAUUAUUGCCAUUGAUGUUGUUGUUGUUGUUGUUGUUGAGGAUGAUGAUGAUGAUGAUGAUGAUGAGGAGGAGGAGGAGGAGGAGGAGGAGGAGGAGGAGGAGAAGGAGAAUGAGAAGGAGAAGGAGGAGGAGGAGGAGGAGGAGGAGGAGGAGGAGGAGGAGGAUGGUGAUGAUGAUGUUUUUGCUGUUUUUGGUCCCACCAAAAACAGGAGCAGACGUCAAAAGACUGAGCGCCUUGAUGCCGGAGUCACCUUUCCCCUCAGGAACGACACAUAG